GGCGGGAGGGGACCCCCCCAAAAAACAUCGAUGUGGCAGGAAAGGAAAUGAGAAUCGGGAGCGAGGACAAAGAGGCAAUGUCAGAGUGACUGACAAGCUGAGAUACUUCCCAGUCAAAGGACCCAUUUUCAUGAUAGACAGUGCUUGGGGCUGGAGGCUCUACACACCGGGUGUGCCUAUGCAGGCCAAAGACUGCCAGUAUUAGCACAGGAUUUCCUUUCCUCCCACGCUGAGGAGGGUCAUGGAGAAGAGAGACAGACUUCCAGGGGAAAGGGCACCUUUGGUUUCAUUAGAUAUAGACCUUAAAAUGUGUGAAAUGUGGAACAUGCUUCAUUGAAUGAGCACACAUAGCUCACAUAAACAAACCCCAAAAGUGGCGAAACCAUUUAAAGGUAUGGAGUGUGGAAAGACUUUCACUGAUAGAACACAUCAGCCGACUCACAUGGGCAAGAAAGGAUUCAAAUGCAAGGAGUGCGGGAAGAACUUCAGUCAGAGUGGACACCUCAAUAUACAUCAACGGACUCACACAGGGGAGAAACCAUUUAAGUGCAUGGAGUGCGGAAGGCAAUUCAGUCAGAGUGGAAACCUAAAUAUGCAUCAACUGACUCACACAGGGGAGAAACCUUUUAAAUGUAUGGAGUGUGAAAAGAGCUUUAGAGAUAAUGGAAAACUUAGAAGACAUCAACGGACUCACACAGGGGAGAAACCAUAUGAAUGUAUGGAGUGUGGAAAGUCCUUUCGUGAUAAUGGAACCCUUAGAGGACAUCAAGAGACUCACACAGGGGAGAAAUCAUAUAAAUGUAUGGAGUGCGGAAAGAGCUUCAGUUUCAAUGCAAUCCUUAGACGACAUCAACGGACUCACACACGGGAGAAACCAUAUGAAUGUAUGGAGUGUGGAAAGAGAUUUAGUGAUAAUGGAAACCUUAGACGACAUCAACGGACUCACACAGGGGAAAAACCAUUUAAAUGCAUGGAGUGCGGAAAGAGAUUUAGUGAUAAUGGAAACCUUAGAACACAUCAACGGACACACACAGGGGAGAAACCAUUUAAAUGCAUUGAGUGCGGAAAGAGAUUUAGUGAUAAUGGAAAACUUAGAACACAUCAACGGACACACACAGGGGAGAAACCAUAUGAAUGUAUGGAGUGCGGAAAGAGCUUUCGUAAUAAUGGAACCCUUAGAACACAUCAGUGGACUCACACAGGGGAGAAACCAUAUGAAUGUAUGGAGUGCGGAAAGAGCUUUCGUGAUAAUAUAACCCUUAGAACACAUCAAUGGACUCACACAGGGGAGAAGCCAUAUGAAUGUAUGGAGUGCGGAAAGAGCUUCAGUUGCAAUGGAAGCCUUAGAAUACAUCAACGGACUCACACGGGGGAGAAACCAUAUGAAUGUAUGGAGUGCGGAAAGAGCUUUCGUGAUAAUAGAACCUUUAGAACACAUCAACGGACUCACACAGGGGAGAAACCAUAUGAAUGUAUGGAAUGCGGAAAGAGCUUUCGUGAUAAUAGAACCCUUAGAACACAUCAACGGACUCACACAGGAGAGAAACCAUAUGAAUGUAUGGAGUGCGGAAAGAGCUUUCGUAAUAAUGGAACCCUUAGAACACAUCAGUGGACUCACACAGGGGAGAAACCAUAUGAAUGUAUAGAGUGUGGAAAGAGCUUUCGUAAUAAUGGAACCCUUAGAACACAUCAACGGACUCACACAGGGGAAAAACCAUUUAAAUGCAUGGAGUGCGGAAGAAAAUUCAGUCAGAGUGGACAACUAAAUAUGCAUCAACUGACUCACACGGGUGAAAAACCUUUUAAAUGCAUGGAGUGCGGAAAGAGCUUUAGUGAUAAUGGAACCCUUAGAACACAUCAACGGACUCACACAGGGGAGAAACCAUAUAAAUGUAUGCAUUGUGGAAAGAGCUUCAGUAAUAGUGGAAACUUAAAUAUACAUCAACGGACUCACACAGGGGAGAAACCAUAUGAAUGUAUGGAGUGCGGAAAGAGCUUCAGUUUCAAAGGAAGCCUUAGAAUACAUCAACGGACUCACACAGGGGAGAAACCAUAUAAAUGUAUGCAUUGUGGAAAGAGCUUCAGUAAUAGUGGAAACUUAAAUAUACAUCAACGGACUCACACAGGGGAGAAACCAUAUGAAUGUAUGGAGUGCGGAAAGAGCUUCAGUUUCAAAGGAAGCCUUAGAAUACAUCAACGGACUCACACAGGGGAGAAACCAUAUGAAUGUAUGGAGUGCGGAAAGAGCUUCAGUUGCAAUGGAAGCCUUAGAACACAUCAACGGACUCACACAGGGGAGAAACCAUGUAAAUGUAUGGAGUGCGGAAAGAGCUUCAGUUUCCAAGGAAGCCUUAGAAUACAUCAACGGACACACACGGGGGAGAAACCAUAUGAAUGUAUGGAGUGCGGAAAGAGCUUUCGUGAUAAUGGCAACCUUAGAAGACAUCAACGGACUCACACAGGGGAGAAACCAUGUAAAUGUAUGGAGUGCGGAAAGAGCUUUAGUGAUAAUGGAACCCUUAGAACACAUCAACGGACUCACACAGGGGAAAAACCAUUUAAUUGCAUGGAGUGCGGAAGGAAAUUCAGUCAGAGUCGACACCUCAGCGUGCAUCAACUGACUCACACAGGGGAGCAACCAUAUGAAUGAUUUGUUCUCAGGAGCUAAGUUUUGUGCCUCACUGUGGUCCCAGUCAUAACUGUAGCCUUUGAAAGCUCAGUAAACUAUUACUGAAGAAGU